CACGUGACUCACGUUUCCAGGCAACGGGGAAAGUUUGUAGGGGGCGGGGCCAGGAACUAAGAAGAAGGAGAUCCAGCUUCCUUCAGAGUCUAUAUAGAUAGAUAUGCCAUCAUGUGCCCUGCAUUCCAAUCAGACCUCAAACCAGAGCUCCCGAGAGACCCAUACGACAGCUUCAUGCGUCAUCACCUGAGGUACUAUGGAUAUUUUAAAGAAAAUAAAGCAAAUGAAGAAGACAUUUUGCUGCAAGCAGCCCGACGGAACAGGAGACGGGGACAUGUAGAUUCUGAGAGCAAUUCAGACCGACUGUCCUCUGCGGAUGACCAGAAGAAGCUCAUUUACUCGCUGUUGCAGGAGAGCGCUGUGUUUAAAACCAGGCAGGUUGUGUUUGAUAACCAAAAGGGUCAGAUCAUCCCACGUCUCAGCGAACCCAGAGAUUUGUUUUCCACAUCCUUACAAAGCAACCUCCUGAGACCUCCACGCUGGCCGACAGAAUGUGAAGUCACUACUGAAAAGAUCAGUCUCAUUGAAUGGGAGCCACCACACCCAGAGGUCUUCUACAGACAUACAGGGAAGGAACCAAUGCCGCAAGUAUUAGCAGAAGGGGAAGGCAAAUUGGUAUAUGAAAUCAGCCCAGCUUACAAAGGAUCCUGCUAUACUGGUUCCCGGACUGGUGGGCGCCGCUGUCUUAGUAAUAUGCCGUAUACAAUGUUGGAUGGAAAGAAUAACAACAACUUGAAGUUCGAAUCACGAUUUGAAAGUGGUAAUCUCCAAAAGGCUGUGAAAGUGGGGAUGUAUGAAUAUGAGCUGACCCUACGCACUGAUCUUUACACCAGCAAGCAUACUCAGUGGUUCUACUUCCAGGUGAAGAACACAAAAAAGUUGGUCCCGUACCGUUUCACUAUCACAAACCUGAUGAAGAGCAACAGCCUCUACAACACGGGUAUGAAGCCUCUGAUGUACUCUGAGCAUGAUGCCUCACUCAGGGGAGAAGGAUGGAAAAGGGAAGGGAAAGACAUUAAGUAUUAUCGGAGCUCCAGAUCUCAGGAAGGCGGCACUCUGUAUUGUCUGACAUGGACCUUUGAGUUCCCGCACGACAAUGACACCUGCUACUUCGCUCACUGUUAUCCAUACACAUACUCUGACCUGCACAGGGACCUCCAGAGAUGGACUCAUGACCCUUCAUGCUCCCAGUACUGCAAGCUCCGGGCCCUGUGCAGGAGUUUGGCAGGUAACACUGUCUACUUGCUGACGGUCACUUCCCCCUCCAUAAACCCUGCAUCAACAGUCAGUAAGAAGGUUGUGGUGGUGACUGCAAGAGUGCACCCGGGAGAAACCAAUGGAUCAUGGAUGAUGAAAGGCUUCCUGGACUUCCUCCUCAGUGACUCCCCUGAUGCUCAGCUACUAAGGGAUACGUUUAUUUUUAAAGUGAUUCCCAUGCUCAACCCCGAUGGCGUGAUUGUUGGGAACUACCGCUGCUCCUUGUCUGGUAGAGAUCUGAAUAGGAACUAUAGGAGCAUGCUGAAAGACUCCUUCCCCUGUAUUUGGUACACACGGGCGAUGAUUAAAAGGAUUUCUGCAGAACGAGAGGUUCUUCUGUACUGUGACUUUCACGGGCACAGCCGGAAAAGCAACGUGUUCAUGUAUGGCUGCAAUAAUAAGGGUCAGCCAGAGUACAAACUGCACGAGAGGAUCUUCCCUCUGAUGCUGAGCAAAAACGCCCCAGACAAGUUCUAUUUUAAGGGCUGUAAGUUUAAAGUACAGAAAGGUAAAGAAGGCACCGGCCGGAUAGUAAUGUGGAGGCAUGGCAUCAGGAACAGCUACACCAUGGAAUCUACGUUUGGUGGCUCCACAUUAGGGGACAGAAAGGGAACUCAUUUUACAGCAGGUGACCUGAAAUCGAUGGGUCACCACUUCUGUGACACACUGCUGGACUUCUGCGAUCCCGACAAUACCAAGGUCCAGGUCUGCUUGUCCGAGAUCAAGACUUUAGUGCAGGAAGAAAUAAGAGAGAAACUGAAACAGCUUGGACGGAACAUUGAUUCGGAUGUGAAUUUGAGCGACAUAUCAUUGUCGGAUAUUGAAUCAAGCACCAGUGGAUCAAAUAGCUCUGAAUCUGAUGGACUCCCAGCACAUCUGCUUAACAUGGCGCAUAAGUUUUAUAAGAAGAAAAAACGCCUGCGAUCACGCAAGGAGAGGAACCACAUGUACCAGAAACGCAGUUCCAAACACAAGCCAAAGUCACGUGACAAUGUGGUGAGAACAUCUACGGACAUUGCUGAAUUCGCUAACCAAACAGCCAAAUCCACUCUGUCUAAAACUUCUGGUACGGCAAAUGCAGAGAAAAGAAAGUUGAAGAUGAAGUCCCAGGAAAGUUCCUUGUCCCAGACUGAAGUGGCUGAGGAAGCGCCAGUGCAGACAGCGGAAAAACCCUUCCUGUCCUAUGUACGCAAGCCAGAGUCUGUUUCCGUGAAGACCCAACUCAUCAACAGACUACCAACCUCUUUCAUUGGAGACUUCUCCACAAUGGACCAUGUCUGUCCUCGCCAUGCCGCAGUGAAGGCCCGAGAACCUACUAGUGGCAAUCGCCUUCCUCUCAUUAUAACAGUCAUUCAGCGUGCCAACUUACCUCCUUUCUCCAAAGAGCACUCACCAAUCAAGCAACACCUCCCGCCUUUUCAUGCCAUGCUCGAUUACAGUGACAAAAACCACGUGACUGAUCACGUGCUCAAACGAGAAAAAUCGUUUACAUCAAGGGCUCUGGUACCUGCCGUGGGGACAAAGCCAUACAGGUUUGCAUCAACUAUGGAAAAGCAGAAACACGUUGAACCAUCUGCGUUAACCAUUGAUCUACAGUUGAGCCCUAAGUUUCGCAGGACCUCUAAAUUGACUCAAGAGUCACUCAUUGCUGUAGUGACUUCUAACUAUUUGGAUAGCUUUCUGCAGAAACCAAAGAGCGAUAUAUCAGAUUAUACAAGGUCAUUGCCAACUAUUAAGAAGUCAGAAUCCUUCAUCACAAGUUCUCGAGAAGACUUAACACUUUCAAAGAAAUCUACAAUGUGAGCCAGAUUUUCAAAACACAAACAUGCCAAUCUGCAGACCACCUCACACUUCGUGCCAGCAAUGAUGAAGAUUGGAGGAGAGUGAAUCAUGAUUUGGCAAAGUCCAUACAAGGCCGGGACAUCAGCGCAAAUACCCAAUGAUCGCCAACGGCACACAGCUGCGGUAUCCUUACACUACAGCCAGAAAUGAGGGCGUCUGACAACUUCAGCUUUAAUCAGUAAAUUGAUUUCAUGCCAGUCCAGUAUUUUCUGUUUAUUGCUCAAUAAACUGUAAUUGAAGGUG